AUGAUUAAAAGCGAGCUUCGAGAAGAGUUUGAAUCGGUUUUGUCGGCGCGUGUGAAGACGGAAGAGACGGCAAAUGAAGGCUUAUCAACCGUGUUAAGCGGGGCGGGACAAAGUAAGCUCGGUAAAGAAAAACAACCAGCAGAGUGCAACGUUACAUCGGCUCGUGGGACAGAUUAUUCUGCUGGUCGCCCGGUUCAAAAACCUGCAGUAUUUGACGGACGUAGUUCGUGGGAGGCGUACGUGACACAGUUUGAAAUUGUGGCGGAGAUUAACCAGUGGGACGGUCCAGAUAAAGCCGCCUUUCUGGCAACAAGUCUUAGAGGUCCAGCGCUCACGGUCUUAUCAAAUUUGCCGUCGGAAAGUCGUGUUCAUUACCCAUCAUUACUGGCUGCGUUAGAAAGCCGUUUUGGAAACAAGAGGCAGUCUGAGCUGCAUAGAAUGAAGCUACGAAAUCGUGUCAGACGUCGAGAUGAAACUUUACCGGAGUUGGCAGAAGACAUCGAAAGACGUGCCCGUCUUGCGUACCCUGAAGCACCUAUUGAAGUUCUAGAAAAUUUAACGAAAGAUCAGUUCAUCGAUGCUUUGAACGAUGAUGAAAUGCGUUUAAGAGUCGCUCAAGCUAGACCUACAACUCUUAGAGCCGCGCUCGGAAUCGCUUUGGAAAUUGAAUCGUUCAGCUUGGCCGUACGAAGAAGAUUUAGGCCAGUGAGAACAGUGCAUGAGACUCCGACUAAAACGAACACAGAAUGUUUUGUGGACCCCCAAGAGGAAACGUUGAAAAGGAAUAGCGAGUUUUUGACGGAGUUGAAGAAAAUGACCUCGGAGCUUCGUGAAGUAGUUAGAAGCGUGAAUUGA